ACGCUCGUGUAUCAAUCGCUUGCUAAUGCACGCGUCAUUCAUGAUUUAAAAGGGUUCUCUCGCCACCGGCAUUCAAGAUGGCAGCGGCCUAGCGCGCAGCGUGCUCUCGAGAACGUCUUGUCCCGUACACGUGCAGCACGGCUCGGUUGUCGAGAAAUGUUCUCCAGAUUUUGCAACUUGUGCCAGAGACCCGCGUACGUCCAGUUCGCGCAACUGCAAAGAUGCUACAGGAAAGGCCCCAAGAGAAGAGGUAACGCCAAGCGCGUCGAGGCACCGAGAAAUACAGAAGACAAGACACCGAUAAUCGUCGGUAAACGGAAAGAGUUCAACUUCUACGAGGGGCAAACGUAUCCCAAGUACGAGCCGAUACCACUGAUCAGCAAAGGAUGGCAUCACUAUAAAUCUAAAGGGGACUACUUCUCUGUAUAUCCUCUCACGAGCGUAAAAAAAGAGUCGUACGGCAAGUCGUUGAAAAAUGAAGAGGGAGAAGAAGAAGAAGACGCAUGCGACUCUUUCGAUCAGUUUGGAUUAGAUCCACAAUUAAUAGACGUCUUAAAAAGAUACAGUAUAACGAAACCUUUGAAGAUACAGAAAAUGGGGAUACCAAAGAUAAUAAACGGCGCCAAUACCGUCAUAGCGGCAGAAACCGGUUGUGGGAAGACGUUAACUUACCUCCUACCCAUGAUAGAUGAGGUUUUAAGGUGGAAAAAGUUAGCAGGGCAUCGAUACAAUGCUCCUCUUGGACUGAUUGUGACGCCUACUCGAGAAUUGGCAUUUCAAAUUGGGCUGGAAGCGAAAAAGAUAUGCCAGUAUCUUGAUAUUCGUACAAAAAUUAUCACCGGUGGAAAAACGAAGAAGAUGAUGCUGGAUCCACCCAUGGAGAUGGUCGAUAUCGUUAUAGCCAGUUUCGGAGUUAUCAGCAAGUUAACUACAAACAAGGUUUAUGAAUUGGACCUGGUCAGGCACAUUGUAUUGGACGAAGCGGACGCUUUGUUCCAUGACACGUUUGAGGAGCAACUGCAAGUAUUCUUGAAAAGGGUGCCGCUCGGUUUCGCGCAAACCGUGGAGGAUGCCAAGCUACCAAUAAGCGCCCAAUUCACGUUAGCUUCCGCGACGAUGCCUUCGAGAAUGUCAGAGGUUCUGGACGGUAUCAUAAAUGUGCAAUCGUUGGAGCACGUGGUAUCGAACAAGUUGCAUCACAUUCUCGUGCCGCAAAAAUUUAUAAGAAUGGGGUCAAGCGAGAAGCCGGCCGAACUCCUGAAAUACAUCAAACCGAAAGUGGCCAGCAGAGAGCAAGUGAUUAUCUUCAGCAACAACAACGCCACUUGCAAUUGGGUCAGUAUGUUCCUGGACAAUAGCAACGUACAAACGGUCCCCUUGAACGGCGACAUGCCGCUGUAUGAGAGACAGAACAAGUACGCCACCUUCAAAAGCGGCAAAUGCCGAGUGUUAUGCACUACAAACGCCGGAUCGAGGGGUUUGGAUACGGUGGCGAUACGUUAUGUGUUGAACUACGAAUUUCCGGGUGCGACCGCCGAUUAUAUCCACAGAUGCGGUAGAACCGGAAGAGUCAGUAGCGUUGAGGACUGCAGAGUGGACAGUUUUAUAAGCACUCCGAAAGAAAUUGCUGUAGUGCAAAAAAUAGAGAGGGCGAUACGAAAGAUGAAACCAAUACCGAUAUUCGAUAUCAACGAAGGGCAGAAGGAGGACGAUACCUACCUGCCAUUUGGAUCGGAAAGUGAACCGGAAACGCAGCAAGAAUUUAGCAUACCAUUCUGAAUCGUAUUACACGAUUGUGUAAAUAAAGAUUGUUUUACUGCUCGAUAA